AUGGAGCUUCUCCUGCUGUGCACACUCGUGCUGUUUGCUGGCGUGAUUCCAGCCCAGAGCUCGAUCCUGAACCUGAACAGCAUGAUCCAGCGGGUGACCGGGAAGAUCCCCUUCUUCUCCUACUGGCCCUACGGCUGCUACUGUGGCGUUGGCGGCAAAGGCCAACCCAAGGACGCCUCGGACUGGUGCUGUAGGGUACACGACUGCUGCUAUGCCCACCUGAUGCACCACGGGUGCCAGAUUUUCUGGGACAAAUACAAGUACAACAUUUCCCAGGGGAACAUCCAGUGCUCCACCAAGGGGAGCUGGUGUCAGAAGAAGCUGUGCGCCUGUGACAAGGAGGUGGCCCUCUGCCUGAAGCGGAACCUGGGCACCUACCAGAAUCGCUUGCGCUACUACUGGCGGCCCCACUGCCAGGGCCCGACCCCCGAGUGCUAG